UGCAAUUCCUGCGGGACUGCCAGGGCGCGUGGGGCAAUCCAUCAACGACGUGGCCGGCUGACCACUCCGUCUCCAACUGGGACUGCGGGGCCCUGGAGUUCGUCUCCUGCGAUGAAACCGGCAUGAUUGUCUCCCUGGACAUAGAGAACACAGACCUGCCAGGACCUAUCCCCGACUCAAUCAGCAAACUCAACAAGCUUGACACCCUCGUCUUGUCACAGAGGGGCAUUACCGGCUCACUGUCAUCAAGCAUAGGAAGCCUUACCGCGCUUCAGAAGUUAGACAUCAGUUUCAACUCCGCCAUGUCUGGCUCCCUUCCCACCAAAGUUCUGAAUCUCAAAAGCCUCACCUACUUGGACAUGAGGGGGUGCAACGUGGAUGGCGCCCUGCCCACAGCCAUAGGCGCUAUGACCAGUCUUGUGUCCCUGUAUCUGUCGCGAAACACUCUCACGGGGCCCAUUCCAGCAUCCCUGGGAGACAUCUCGCCACUUAUCGAACUUGACCUGUCUAACAACCAACUCUCUGGGGCCAUCCCCACAACCCUUGGCUCGUUGGCGAAUUUGGAAGCUUUGGAACUGUCACACAACCUGCUCUCUGAAUCAAUCCCCGCAACCCUUUGCUUGUUGGGGAAUCUGUCUUUCAUGGACCUGAGCUCCAACCGACUGUCCGGCAGCAUCCCUGGCGAGCUAAGCUCCCUUGCCAGCCUCGAACACCUGCAGCUAAGUCAGAACGAGCUGAGCGGAAGCAUCCCAGAGAGUCUUUUUGCACUCGUGGGCCUCCAUGCGCUGUAUCUCGAUACGAACCAGCUCACCGGCACAAUUCCCGCCGCCAUUGGCGACCUUUUCGAUGUAACAAGCCUGUCACUGGCGUCGAACCAUCUGUAUGGCUCCAUUCCCAACAGCGUCACCAACAUUGCUGGUGUUAUCUACUUCUUUCUAUACCAGAACUACCUGACAGGGCCCGUGGUGAAGCCAUGGGGCGCGUAUGCAGAUCUGUCCAACAACUACCUGUCGGGCCAGUUGGAGGAAAGCCCUUUCCCCGGAAUGGAGAGUGAUGAUGCGCUCGGUGCCAACUGCCUCACUGCACCUGAGGGGGUCUCGUUGGCUCUGCAGCGGCCCGAGGCAGCCUGCCGGGCGUUCUGUGGCAUCUCCAUGCGCUCUGCUGCUGGUGAUGGUGGUGGCGGUGGUGGUGCUGGUGGUGUUGCUUGUGGCGGGCGUGGGCUGUGCUAUCCCGACGGGCCUAGCCUGGCGCCAACCUGCUUGUGCAAAGCGGGGUUCGUUCAGUUUGCAAGCAUCUACUGCCUUGAGGAAGGCUCGGAUCUAACCUCCCCGCUGGACAGGAAUAUUCUUCCGCCAGCAACCGUGCUCACUAAGGGAACAAGGAAGGAAACCAAAGGAGCCUUUACAAAAGAGCCAGUCACCCUGUUCGUGUUUGAGAAAGGCCGGGAGGACGAAGGGUGUGGGUUCGAGCUGGGCUUUAGUGUCAACUUUACCUUUGCCCUUUCACCUCAAGGCAAGGCCGCUUCCAAUGGCUUUGCGUUUGUGGUGUCGGCAACAGCCACGGUGGGGAGCAGCGAUGGAGUGGGGUAUGGCAGGAUGGAUUCUCGCAGCAUGGCGAUCGAGUUUGACGUGCUUCAGAACAUCCAGCAUCUCGACAUGAAAGAGCAGCACGUGGGGUUGAACAUCAACGGGCAGGACAAAUCGAUGGCUGCUGUGAAAGCACCAUUCAUGCUGACCAACAAGCAGGUGAACACGGCAUGGGUGGACUACGAACCUGGACUUUCCGGCACCAUCCGGGUCUUCCUGGCUAAGGGGGCAGUGACGAGGGCUGGGAAGCCAGAGAAGCCGCUGCUGGAGAGGCGGCUGUCGCUGUGUGAGGUGCUGCGGGGAGGGGAGGAGGCGCAGCUGCAGGUGUUCUACUUUGGCUUCGUGGCGUCCACCACUGUCAAGCCGUUUAUGAGUCAAGUCAUUUUCAAGUCUGCCAUGCAUGCAGACAUUCCACCACCACGGGCGCCAGUCGAUGUCACUCCAGCCUUGGGCCUGAACGUCACAGUGGACACGUAUGCGCCGGUACGAGCGAGCCCGUUCUCGCGAUAUGUUAGUGCGGACUACCGAUAUUCGGCUGGGGAGCAGGACUCGUGGGUCUUCAGGGACCUCCACUCCUGGGACUCCGUGCCCUUCCUCGGCUGGCCCGUCAAGAACCAGGACGCCUGCAGCGCGUGCUGGGCGUUCGCAGUGGUGGCGAGCAUAGAAGCAGCAUACGGCAUCGCAACAAAGGGAGAGGCGCCGCAGCUGUCAGUGGAGUCGCUCUUUGCAGCCAUGGGGCUCACCUCUCAAGCAGACAAGUGCACCGCUGGAGGCUCUCCGACAGAUGCCUUUGAGAAGCUGCUAGCCCUGCCCAAAGGAGGACUCACCCUGGCCGACAAUCCGGGGAAAAAGUAUCCCAUCCAAGGAUUUGAGCGCACAUCAUUCAAGGGGUAUGUGGGGCUCAUGCUGGCAGUGCAGCGGCAGCCAGUGGUGGUUCACAUCGAAGCUUCUGCUGACACGUUCGCCACAUAUGACGGGACGUUCAAGUACCAGGACCCUGCCUGCUACAGCGGCAACCUGAACCACGUGGUGCUUGUGGUGGGCUAUUUCAUUCUGAGGGAUGACGGCAGCCAGAGCCGCAUUGCUCCGCCGUUUUGGAUCAUCCGCAACUCGUGGGGCGAGGGCUGGGGCGACAGGGGCCACAUGCGCAUGGACAUUCAGGGAGGGGAUGGCGUGUGUGGCAUCAACGUGCUGCCUGGCAUCUACCCCAUUGUCAAGAUCCCAGGGGAUCCAUGUGGCAGCAAGAGCUACAGGGGCGAUUUGGACCCGCAGCCCAGCAUGAACCCGUGUGGCCGAUUCACCUGCAAGCCCAAUGCCAAGACCAACAGCAACACGUGCACCUGCUCGAUCCCCUCUGUGCCCAAGCAGCCCUUCGUGGAAGCGGCCAACGGCUAUGGCAACACCUGCGCCUAUGUGGAUGUGUGCGGGUCGUACUUCAAGAACCCCUGUGCCGUGGGCACAUGCAUCAACGAUGGCAAGGGCUCCUACUCCUGCAUCUGCCCUCCCAACCACGUCCCCAGCCGAACCAUUGAUGACUUCCCCACCUGCGACCCAGCCAACGAAACAGUCACGAGCCUGACAGUGAGCGGUGACAAGUGGGCGUGCGCGGACGUGUUUGGCCUCGUGGGGCUCUCCUCCUCGCAGUUCGCCCAGCAGAACCCGGGUAUCGUCUGCUCCCAGCCAUUGCCCAAAGGGGCGGUGCUUCAGAUCGCCGGCACUCCGGCCAUCCCCUGCACGGGAUUCUUCUACACCCUCGAUGGCGACAAGUGUCUGUCAAUCGCCUCUUCAAUGGAUAUCACCAAAGCCAAACUCAUGGCUCUCAACCCCGGUCUAGACUGCACGCAAACCAUCAAGCCCGGCCGCUCCCUCUGUGUGGAGCGCAACGCCAGCUAUGCCUACACGGCCCCCAAGUGUGUCAAGUACGCCACUCUCACAGCGCAGGACACGUGUGAGCGCCUGCUAAAGGGGUCCGGAAACGAGAAGGUAGAGCCCUCCUCCUGGGCUGAGCUCUACCGCAACAACCCCGGCCUCGUCUGCUCCAACACCGUCCCUGGCUCUGUAUCUGCUGUCGGUAGCAACAUUGGCGUUCAGGUGAGCGGUGGAAGGGGGUGGAGGAAGGGGAAGGGGUGGGAGAGGAACUUGUGGGAAAUGGAAGGGUGGGAACAGGUGGAUGGGGGUGAGGAAGAGGAAGUGGAGGGGCCUUGGGUGGGUGAGUGA